AUGGACUUUUUCAACUUUGGUUAAAAAGACAACAGCACCAAUAAGAUAAACUAUUUAGGAAAUAGCGGCUUGGGCUAGGGUAAAAAGCCAUAUAGUAAAAAAAAAAAAUAAAAUAACUAUCCUAAAAAGUAGAGACCAAAUAAACCUCAUUAAGAAAUUCAAUCUAUGAUCUAGCCAUAAAUUAAAUAAGAUACAUCAUAUGCAAAAAUAAUAGGCCCAUGCUGCUUUUAUGAAAUAAAUAAAAACACCUUUUUCUCAGUUUUGAUGAAGCGUGUUGCUUAAAAAUUUCUUUCUGUAGACUAGAAGACAAAUAAAUUAAUAAAUGAGAUUAUGAUUAGGGCUUAGGGUAAAGAAGAACUAAAAAAGCUGAGAAAGAUAUUAUUUUUAUUGUCUGAUAGAUUGAAAGGUGUGUCUACAAUAUUUAAUAAAUGCUUCACUCGUAUGAUGUUUUCAGAAGACAGAAAUAAAGCUCCAGAUAAUCAGCUAAAGAGAUGUGUAGAAGUAAUUUUCAUAAGGAAUCCAACAGAUAUUCAAAAAAAUAUGAAAGGAUUUAGGAAUCCUAAACAUGAAGGGUAGAUCAUCGAUUAUGAAUAAUAUAAGAAGACUUAUAAUCAUAAAAAGGAAUUAGACAAGGAAAUUGAAGAGAAAUAAGAAGAUGAGUUGCAAAUUGCUGAGGCCAUUUUCGUCAAGUCGUUCUUGAGAAAUCAGUAGCAAGAUAAUAAUACCAAUUAUAUCUAAAACAUAGAAGAACAAAAGUAGGAUUUCCAAAAUUAAAAUUAAUUUUAAAAUGAGGAUAAAGAAGAAGAAAAAGAUGCAAGCAGUGACGAAGAAGAAGAAGAUGAUAACGAUGAAGAUGAUUUUAUGGCAGAAGAAAUUGAAGAGACUAAAGACUAUUAAAAUUUACCAGAAAAAGUUCUUUUGUAAAAAAUAGAAUAAAAAGUUUAAUCCAUCAACCCACAUCUAAAAAACAUAGUUAAAGAAGACUUGAGGUUUUCAUGCAAUUAUACUCUGACUUAAAAUGUUGUGAACUAAAAACCAGAAGUAGUGCAAUAAUUAGAAUAAGAGUCUGAUUAAUUUAUGAAGAAUGUAGCUUAGAAGAUUUCAAAUAUAUAAAAGACAAACUAGCCAUUAAAUAAAUUAAAUUCUUCAGACUAAAAAGAUAUUGUGAAAGCUGCUUUAUUUCAACACUUCAGAUAGCAAGGUUGUAAAGUUUAAAUUACUAAUAAAAGUAACAAUGAUUAAACACAUACCAAUUCUUAUUAGUCCCAGCUAGUUUUGACUGGUUAAACAGAUAAACUUAAGUAUAUUUAAGUGGGUAUUGAUGAUAAGUAAUAUACUUACUAAAAGAUUGUUUCAUAACCUGCAACAAAAAAAGAGGUUAUUUUAAAAUUUGUAAGGGCAACUUCAAAUCAAUAUGGAGUUUGUGAAAAAAAUGUCACUGUCUUAGACAUAUAAAGAGGCUUUAAAAAUUCUGUUAAUUUUAUUACUUCAGUCGAAGGUUUAGAAAUUGAUCAACAAUUUAAGAAUGAAAUAGAUAAAUACUAAACUGAGUUUCCAAAAGCUUAAAUAUCUUCUAUGGUUAAGUCUCUUAUUGAUAACUAUUAGAUUAGUGAUCAAUACUUUGAUGAGAGAUUUAAUAUGACUUGGAGUCCUUAUCACAGUAAUAUGGUCGAUUACAGAGGAUCUCUUCCUAGAAAAGGCUAAGGCUUAGUACCUUAAAGAUACUAUUUCCCUGUAGGUUUUUAAGGCUAUGGUCUUAAUGUAUAGAAAUGGCUUAAAGAAGAUUAAUCAUGGUUUGGCAAAGAUUCUGAUAAAAAUGUAUGGAUUGUUCUUUAUCAUGCUACUGAUGAAAAAGGAUUUAAAGGUAUUGCUUAAAGCUAUAUUAUGCCUGGACAUCGUAAUUUAUAUGGAGGAUCUAUAUGUAGGUUAACAAAUUAGAUAAUUUAAAAAGGAGCUGGGGCUAAUAGUUACUUCUCAGAUCGUGCAAGUGGACCUAAUUCAUCAUAAGGCUUUGGAGGAAAUAUAAAUUUGGGAAAUAAAUAAUAUAUUCUAAUAUUCUAAUGUAGAGUUAAUCCCAUUCAUGUAAGAAGUCCUAUUUAUAAGUAAAGCUACUACACAAUCGAAAAAGAAUAUGCAUAAUAAAGUGUAAGACCAUACAGAAUUCUCCUUAAAGAAGCUUGA